CUUGGCUGCAUCCUGGUGCUACAGCCUGGAGGGGUCGAGCUGGGUCUGAUCGCAGCCUCGCCAGCUUCAAGCAAGCCCAGCAUCAACUUCCAUCUCCACCUCAACACAGAACUCAAAAUUCGAAACCAGCAGCGACAAUGUCAAUGGGAUCCUGUCUCGACCGUCCCCGCCGCGAUGGCCAAGACGCAGACGAAUGGAAGCCCUCAACCGCCGAAGAAGCCGCCGCAAACAUCGACGAGUGGUACAAUGCCGGCCGUCUUCUGUUCCCGCGAGACAAUCUACAAAGCAUCCACGACCAGCUGCAGAAGCCGCUGAAAAGCGGAGACCUGAUAUAUGUCCGGGCCUUUGAUGGUUCAAUGUACGAAUACCCUGUGCGGAUUGGCGAGAAGCAGGGGACUUAUGUGUUUGACGAUGAGGACUUUGAUGAGGAUGGAUUGGCGCGUGCUACUGAGCGGAAAAAGAUAGAUACUGUGCUGGGGGUUCCGCAUAUUUACUACACGUCGUAUGAAAGCCUCAAGCAGGGGUUGGAGUGGAGUUUGUCGAGGGCAUACUGUCCUAUUGGGAUUGCGCACUUUAUGGAGCGCGCGGGCCAGGAGGUCGUGACUGUGAGUGAGGUUGAAGUUGAGGCUGAAUUGAAGUCAUUCAGAGACAUAACUUCAAAGUGGGAAGACGGGGAUACAUGGCGCGGAAUCAAGUCUACGCUGUUGUCCCUGGAUCUUUGCUGCAAGAUCCCCAAGGUGAUAGGUAUGGCUUGCGGGAGAUUUACAGCAACAUCAGGGUACGACUGGUACGAGCGAUCUGCAGUACAGCAUGCAUUAUUGAUAUUGCUCAAAAGGAUGCUAGAGGAAAGUGGCCUGGGUACUGAACAGGUCGCUUGCUACGCACAGGACCCUGUAUACUCUCCGGCAGACCAGGCGGUGAUGAAGGAAUUGGGAAUCCAAGAAGUAAACGACCCAGAGGGAUUCUUGCAGAUGGAUGACAGCUCUCUUGUCUUCUGCUGUAGUCCAAAUAUCUGCGUAAAGCAGAUCAUGGCGGAUAUGGCACGUCCGUCCAUCAUUAUAUGGUGUUCUGUGAGAGAGGACGACCCGAAGUAUAGCUCGUAUGGUGCCCUAUCCCUUAUACUGGACUAGCUGACAGGCUAAUAGCACUGAUCCAAAUUCUGCACGCGUCCACAGGAUGGUCGAGGAGUAUGAUAAGCUUGAAUUUCCAGAGGAUCAUGGGAACAAUUUCACUGAUAUGG